AAGCAGAUUCACUUCUCUCCAUAACCGGUUUAAUUUUUUCCCUCUUGAGAAAACCAUUUGAGCCGAGAAGAGAGAGAGAGAGAGAGAGAGAGAGAGAGAUGGUUUUCUGGAAUGAAAUGGUGUAAUUGUUGUAUUUCAAAAUUACCCAAUCAACAUCCCCAAAGGGUAGCUGUUGAUCCAUUUUUCUUCAGUCCCCACUCCUCCGUGCUCCAUUUUCUACACCUUGAUGUCAUUAUUAUCUCUUCACACAUUUUAUCGAUAUCAUCGUUUCUCUAAACCAGACAACUCACCUCUUCUCUAUAUCUGAACUACCUGCAAGACUGCAACAAGCAAAGUAACAUCACAACACAUACGCCAACCCACUCUUCGACUUCCACGUAUCAUACCUGCCUUCUUCUCUCCUCCUCGUUUCCCCAUUGCGCUUUAUUCCAGUAAUCUAUCUCUCUUGCUAUCUACCUGUAACUCUCAUUUAACGGUGGAAAAUAAACAAUGGCGUCGGACGAUCUUAUUUACCUUCACGGUGACUUGGACGUCAAAAUCGUCAAAGCGAAGAGGUUACCCAACAUGGAUCUGCUGUCCGAGAAGCUGCGACUCUGCUUCUCCGUAUGUAAUGCUUGCAAAGUCCCUUCACAACCGGUUGAUUCCGAUGGGGAGAGGGAGCGGGAUGGUCAUCGUCAUCCCAAGAUCAUCACCAGCGACCCCUACGUAACCAUCGUCGUGCCACAAGCCACUCUCGCGCGGACGCGUGUCAUUAAGAACUCCCAAGACCCUCACUGGAACGAGCACUUCAUUAUCCCAGUAGCGCAUCCCGUCCGCGAGUUCGAGUUCCAGGUUAAGGAUGAUGACCUUUUCGGCGCCGAGCUCAUCGGCUCGGCUAAGUUCUCCGCUCAGAACCUUGUUAACGGCGAGUUCAUCUCCGGUUGGUUCCCGCUUCUCGACUCCACCGGCAAGCCGCCCAAGCCGGAUGCCUCUAUCUUCCUCGAGAUGAAAUUCAUACCCUUCGAUAAGAAUCCGGUAUACCGCCGCGGGAUUGCCUGUGAUCCCGAGCAGCAAGGGGUCAGGCACACGUACUUCCCGCUGAGGAAGGGGAGUCAAGUGACAUUGUACCAGGACGCUCAUGUACCUGACGGAAUGUUACCCGAGAUUCAAUUGGACGGAAGGAAAGUUUACAAGCAACAGAAAUGUUGGGAGGAUAUUUGCUAUGCCAUAUCAGAAGCUCACCAUAUGAUAUACGUCGUCGGCUGGUCAGUUUUUCACAAGGUGAAGCUUGUUAGGGAGCCCUCUAGGCCUUUGCCGCGAGGAGGCGACUUGACCCUCGGUGAAUUGCUCAAGUACAAAUCCCAGGAGGGAGUGAGGGUCUUGUUGUUGGUCUGGGAUGAUAAGACCUCGCACGAUAAGCUUGGGAUUAGUACGGCAGGUGUGAUGCAAACGCAUGAUGAAGAAACAAAGAAGUUCUUCAAGCAUUCUUCCGUCAUUUGUGUACUGGCACCGCGCUACGCUAGUAGUAAGCUUGGCUUUUUGAAACAACAGGUUGUUGGGACCCUUUUUACACACCAUCAAAAAUGUGUUCUUGUUGACACACAGGCUUCUGGUAACAAUCGAAAGGUAACUGCAUUUAUAGGAGGUAUUGAUUUGUGUGACGGACGCUAUGACACUCCUGAGCAUAGGCUCUUUCGUGAUCUUGACACAAUAUUCAAAGAUGAUUUUCACAAUCCCACAUUUCCACCUGGAACCAAGGCUCCAAGGCAACCAUGGCAUGACUUGCACUGCCGAAUAGAUGGGCCUGCUGCAUAUGAUGUCCUUAUAAAUUUUGAGCAGCGCUGGAGGAGGUCAACCAGAUGGAAAGAGUUCACUCUGCGUUUUAAAAAGAAAUCUCAAUGGCAAGAUGAUUCUUUGAUCCAGAUAGGGCGUAUCUCAUGGAUUCGAAGCCCACAAAUGUCCUGGAAGGACGGUGUUACACAAGUUCCUAAGGAUGAUCCUAUGGUUCAUGUUUCAGAUGAAGAUGAUCCUGAAAACUGGCAUGUUCAGAUUUUUCGAUCAAUUGACUCAGGAUCAGUGAAAGGAUUCCCAAAAAAAGUUAGUGAAGCUAAUGCCCAGUCAAUGCAACUUGCAGAUUCUCAUCCUCAAGAUUACCUGAACUUUUAUUGCCUUGCUAACCGGGAAAAGAUUCCUGAUAAUGUAUCUAAUGCUAAUGGUGAUAAGGUUUCUGAGGCCCAAAAAUAUCAGAGAUUCAUGAUUUAUGUGCAUGCCAAGGGAAUGAUAAUAGAUGAUGAAUAUGUGAUUAUUGGAUCUGCAAAUAUAAACCAAAGAUCCAUGGCUGGUACAAAAGAUACAGAAAUAGCUAUGGGUGCAUAUCAGCCCCAUCACGCAUGGGCUAAGAAGAGUAAACAUCCACAUGGCCAGAUUUUCGGAUACAGAAUGUCAUUGUGGGCAGAGCACUUGGGUAAGCUCGAUGAACAUUUUAUGGAGCCAGAGAGUUUGAAAUGCGUAAAGGCAGUUAACAAGAUUGGUGAAGAUAAUUGGAAUAAGUUUACAGAUGCAGAAUUUACAGAAUUGCGGGGUCACCUUCUCAACUAUCCUCUGCUCAUUGAGAAGGAUGGGAAGGUAAGCUCUCUGCCUGGAUACGAGACUUUCCCGGACGUUGGUGGUAAGAUCAUUGGAUCUCAUUCUAUAGGACUUCCGGAUACCCUAACAACAUAAUCUAUGGCAAUUUUGUUCGCAGAAGAUGGAGAGAUGUAACAUAUUGCUGUGUUUUAGAUUGCUAAUUUGGUUGAAUUGUGAAUUUAUCAUUCUCUUUUCCUUUUGAUAUAUUGGUGAUGUAUCAGUCUGUAAAUUUGUAACGCAGUUAGUUAAUGCAUAUGUUCAUAGGAAACAGACAAAUAAGGUCAAAAUGCUACAAAUGGUUUCUCUAAUUCCACUGACUUGCAGCUCGGAUUUGGUUUGAUUUUAA